AUGGCGUCUUCAAACACUGUCCUUUUCGAAACUGGUGCCGAAUGGCUCGCUGAGGCCCGGCGAAGAAACAUCGCCCACAAGUCCAUAAAGACUUGUAGCGACCUACGAUCUGGCUCGAAGGUUACGGAAGAGCAAUUCUUGCUCUUCCGGACUCUGGUCCCCUCGGUCGAACACAGAUUCGACCCCAAUGUGUUUGGACUUGCCGCGCAAUAUUCGCAAGCCGCUGGUCCUGGGCUACCUACCUGUCAGUGGAAUGGGGAUAGAAUCCCACUGGAAGCAGACUUUGGGGCCCCUGCUGGCAGCUUUAUUGCUGUCACAGACGGCCAGCUCCAAAAUAUAACGAGAAAAUGGAAUAUCGAGCCAGAUCGAAGCUCGCCCGUCGAUCUGACUGGGCUACCCACCAGUCAGUGGAAUGGGGAUAGAAUCCCACUGCGAGCAGACUUUGGGGGCCCUGCAGGCAGCUUUAUUGCUGUUACAGAUGGCCAGCUCCAAGAUAUAACGAACAAUUGGAAUAUCGAGCCAGAUCGAAGCUCGCCCGUCGUUGGGCUACCUACCUGUCAGUGGAAUGGGGAUAGAAUCCCACUGGAAGCAGACUUUGGGGGCCCUGCAGGCAGCUUUAUUGCUGUUACAGAUGGCCAGCUCCAAGCUGUGACAGAUAAACGGAUUCUGGCACUCGUCGAGUGCAAGCGCUGGGAGAGGGACAGACACAGUCCUCAAGUUGAGGUGCAGGAGACUGCCCAGAUGGUCGCCUGGAUUAAGGAAUUUCCGGACACUGCUACGAGACCUUGGUGA